AAACCGUUAGUAUUUUUGAUGAGAUUAUGUUAGAUGCUAUUAAUGCUAAUGCCGUGCUUGAAGAAGUUUUAGCAUGGAAGACAUCGAUUAUUAGUGAUGAGACAAAAGGUCAUCUAUAUGUCAAAAUUUCUUCCAACAGGCCAAGUUAUUAA